GACACAUAUUAUCAUUAUGCCUAUAUAUACGUACAUAAAACAAGACAUUAUUACAAACACAAAAUAUAGAAAAAGAAAUAAUGUAUUCAGAGGAAAAGAAAAGCAGAAAUUAUGGUUCAAUCUUUGUCUACUGCUUCUUCUGUUUCGUACUCAUUGUGGAGGUUGCAAGAUUCGCAAAACCUUAUAUCAACCUUCAAAACCUAAUUGAGACGGAAGCAGUAGUAGAAGAAGGUUUCAUGGCGGUGGGGAACUCAGGGAAUCUUCCGUGUGGCUCGUCAAAACCUAGCUCUGCCUCUGUUCGUGCUCAUGAUGAACAGAAGCUCUCGCAAGCAGUAACAACAGAUACGAGAACUCGUCCUCCAAAUUCGUACUGCGUGAAGUUCCAGUCUUUUGUCACUAUGGCAAAGCAGGUCAAAGAAAACGGUGGCAAGUAUGAGUCACGUCCUUUCUCCGUCGGUGGAUACAAUUGGACGCUCCUAAUCUACCCAGUCAUAUACAUUCCAACGGACUCGGGUGGGUACGUUUCGAUUUACGUAAGAGUCGAUAACUCAAGCCUCAUCACCAAUCCAAAAGAUGUGUAUGCAGAGAUCACAUUCCUCGCUUAUAAAAGCAGUACAGACAAGUACCAAAUAAGCCAGGAGACUGAGGCCCAGCGAUUUCAUUUGUUUAAACAACAGUGGGGACUUUUACAAUUUCUACCAAUUUACUAUUUUGAAAAUCCGGCAUAUGGAUACUUUUUCGAGGGCGAAAGCGUUGUGUUUGGCGUUGACAUCAACAUUGUUAAACCCUUUGAAAAUUGGGAAGUGUUCUCUAAUGAACAAAACAUUCGUGACCCUAUUUUCGAAUGGAGACUCACCAAAUUCUCUACACGUUUUCUUGACUCUUACACUUCUGAUUCCUUUUCUUCCGGAGGAAGAAACUGGGCAUUGAAAGUGUAUCCAAAUGGAGUUGGAAAUGCUACGGGUAAUUCGUUGUCACUCUAUUUGUUGAGUGAUCAGUCAAAUGAUAAGGGUUAUGUGGAAGCUAAGUUACGAGUUAUUGACCAGAUCCAAUCCAACAAUUUCGAGAAAAAAGUGGCGGCAUGGCCCAAUGCAACGGAGAAUGGAUGGGGUUUCGACAGGUUUCUAUCAUUUGCAGAUAUCAAAAACACAUCAAAAGGUUUCCUAGUCAACGAUACUCUCAAACUUGAAGUCCAGAUCUUGUCCUUCUCGAAAACCGACUACUACUCUCAUCAAUCGUCUCUUAAUGUUUUAACGGGAGAUAGUACUUAGGUGACUAAUCGUCGCUAGUGUAAUUUUACAACUGGCUACUAUCACUUUGCUUCAUUGUGUUUUUUGUUUCUGUUCAAUAAUAAUGAGUUCGAGCUUUCCUAUGUCAAACUUGAUCAAUCUGAUUUCACAUAUUGAAUACCAAAUUGGAUAGGAUGAAAGAGGCAGUCCCUAGGAUGUUUUUUUUUUUUUUUGGAUUUAAAGAUUGGGUACGUAAUCCAUUCACAUUUCCUUUUAUAAUUGUCCACUUCUUAAUCGUUUAGUCGAUCGUCUACGGCUUCAAUAAUUGUAGUUUUGUCCUUAGUAAUUGAUUAUUCUUUUCACUUCGUUUUUCGUCCACUAAUACAAUUACUACAAUGUUGUUCUUCUCCAUAAACAUUAUCUACAUCGAUUCCUCUCUAUUGCUUGUAGUUGUACAGUUGUCUACUGCGCUUAAACUUUUUGUUCACUUUUCAUUUAUGUUCCCGUCCUCGGCUUCAACUACUGUACUUUUGAAGAUUUGUUAGAUAUACUAGGAACAUGAACUGCUACUAAAAACUUGUCCACGGUUCCAUCUUCGUGGACAUCUGUAUUUUGUUUACUUCGUUUCUCGUC